ACCACCUCCCCUGGAGAAAAAGCAUUUCAGGUGAAGAUCACAGCACCCGAGGAGCAAUUUACACGAGUGGGAGUGCAAAUAUUGGACAGGAAAGAUGGCUCCUUCAUUGUGCGAUACAGAAUGUAUGCAAGCUAUAAAAACUUGAGAAUUGAGGUUUGGGCAAAAAGCAAACAGGUUGCUGAAUCUCCAUAUAUUUUAAAAGGACCUGUUUACCAUGAAAACUGUGACUGCCCUCAGGAAGAUGGGAGAGUUUGGCUGGAGGUGAUGAGCUGUCCUCAAGCAAUUGAGCAGAUUCAGAGAGAUUUGGCACAUUUUCCCACCAUCGAUCCAGAUAAAAUUGCCAAAGAAAUCCCACAACGGUUUGGGCAGAGGCAAAGCUUGUGCCAUUAUACCAUAAAAGACAACAAGAUUUAUAUAAAGACCCAUGGUGAACAUGUUGGAUUCAGAAUUUUCAUGGAUGCUAUUUUACUUUCUUUGACAAGAAAAGUGAAAAUGCCAGAUGUAGAGUUUUUUGUGAAUUUGGGAGAUUGGCCAUUGGAAAAAAAGAAAUCUUCUCAGGAUGUCCAACCCAUAUUCUCCUGGUGUGGAUCCAGUGAUUCCAAAGAUAUUGUAAUGCCAACUUACGACCUGACAGAUUCUGUGUUAGAAACAAUGGGGCGAGUCAGCCUGGAUAUGAUGUCUGUUCAAGCAAAUACUGGGCCGCCAUGGGAAGAGAAAAACACCACAGCAAUCUGGAGGGGUCGUGACAGUCGAAAAGAGAGGCUUGAACUUGUGAAAAUGAGCCGAAAGUUCCCAGAAAUCAUCGAUGCGGCCUUUACCAAUUUCUUCUUUUUCAAGCAUGAUGAAAGCCUCUACGGCCCAAUUGUGAAACAUAUUUCCUUUUUUGAUUUCUUCAAGUCUAAAUAUCAAAUUAAUAUUGAUGGCACAGUGGCUGCAUAUCGGCUGCCAUACUUGCUGGCAGGGAACAGCUUAGUGCUGAAGCAGGAGUCCAUCUACUAUGAACAUUUUUAUAAUGAGUUACAACCUUGGAAGCACUUCGUUCCAUUUAAGAAUGACCUGAGCGAUCUCAUGGAAAAACUCCAGUGGGCGAAAGAUCAUGACGAAGAGGCAAAGGACAUUGCAAAAGCAGGACAAGAAUUUGCAAGGAACGCUCUCAUGGGAGAUCAUAUAUUCUGUUACUAUUUCAAACUAUUUCAGGAAUAUGCCAAACUACAAGUGAGUGAUCCCAAAGUGAGGGAUGGCAUGGAGAAAGUGGUACAGCCUGAUGAUGACCUCUUCCCCUGUAAUUGUCACCGAACAAAGGUCAAAGAAGAACUCUGAUGGGACAGGAAAACUUGUGGCUGGAAAAAAUUAUCUAAUCACCUUCUGAGGGUAAUAAGUUACUAAGAAUGAAAUCAUCUGGAUGCCCUCUUUUGUGCAGUAUUAAUACAACAUUGCUUUUUAUAAGCUCUUUUUUAAUAAAAUAAAU